ACCCGGUUCGCCGUUUGAGGACCAGGCUGGAACAUGGCGCGUAAACUCGAACGCUUCUGUAGUGAAGGAAAGGGCAAUGGUUUGCGUGCUGCCCUGCCGAUAAGAGCAGGAGAACAGAUAUUCACGGCUGAACCGUACGCGCACGUUGUUUCUAAGAAUGGGAUGGGAACUACGUGUGAAUAUUGUUUUUCACGGAGAAAGACUCUAUUGCGGUGCUCUCAGUGCAAGACUGCCUACUACUGCAAUGCAAGUUGCCAGAAAGGAGCCUGGCCAGACCAUAGGAGGGAGUGUAAAUGCCUCCAGAACCUGCUUCCCCACAAGAAAAUCGUCACAGACUCGGUUCGCCUUGUGGCACGGAUCGUCUUCAAAUUGCUGAAGCCCUCGUCCUGCCUGGGGGAGGAGCUGUAUUCUUUAACAGAGCUGGAGUCGCACGUCGCUGACAUGAGUGAGCAGAAGGAGGAGGGCCUUGGGCUCCUCUCUGCCAUGCUGCAGAUCUAUCUGAAAGAGGAAGUGAUUGAUUUCUCUCAUAUGCCGCCUGGCUUGGACCUCCCCAGCCUCUAUGCCAAAGUCACCUGUAACAGUUUCACCAUCAGCGACGGAGAGCUGCAGGAAGUGGGUGUGGGGCUCUACCUCAGCAUGUCCCUGCUGAACCAUGACUGCAGGCCCAACUGUGUGAUGAUCUUUCAAGGAACCAAACUCUGUCUGCAAGCCAUCCAGGACAUCCCAGCCCUUGAGGAGCUCACCAUCAGCUACAUAGACACGCGGAUGCCCAGCGAGGACAGGCAGCGGCAGCUCCGGGAUCAGUACCACUUCCGGUGUCAGUGUCCCUGCUGCGCCUCAGCGGACAAGGACGUGGACAUGCUGGCCGGCGAUAGGGAGGUCUGGAGGACCCAGCAAGAUGCCCUCCCCCGCAUAGAGGAGCUCCAAGACCAGCAGCAGUGGGAGCCCAUGCUGGAGCACUGCCAGGCCCUCGUAGACGGCAACGGUGACGCUGUCCCAGACAGUAACAUAUAUGCGCUCAAGCUACUGGAACUGGCUCAAGACGCCUGCAUCAACUUGGGACAGUGGGAAAAGGCUUUAGUGUACGGCACUAGGACCCUGCAGCCGUACAGGCUUUACUAUCCAUACCUCCACCCAGCCCUGGCAGUUCAGCUGAUGAGGGUUGGAAAACUGCAGCAGUACCUGGGCAGGCUGGAAGAGGCUUAUGGGACCCUACAGCAGGCCUAUGAUGUCAUGAAGGUGACCCACGGCUGUGAGCACAGCCUAACCUGUGAGCUCAGAGGGAUGCUGCAGCAGUGUCAGGCUGAGAUGAGCCAUGCCUAGCGGAGCCGAGCUGAUGGAAUAUUCCGGAUUGGUCUUUCCAGGGUAAUUUCACUGCAGCACUAUGGGCAGCCGACAUGUGAUGUUCUGAGUGUUUUCGAUUAACCGCUAUGACAGCCGAGUGCAUCGAUCAUCGUGACGAGGUUUUAUAUUUCUGAAGACGGGUACCUGAAUGGCCUCAUUUGUCAUAUUCUGUAUUUUUUAGUUGACAAGAACAUUAAAGACGCAAGUACAUCUCUGUGAAAAUCUGCAAUAAAAUAUCUUGUUGUUAUUUUACGAUUAGUCGGGAGUAAAACUAUUGCAGUAAAACUACUGCUUUAUAUUUUUGUCUGUGUAAAUGGCAAAUUUCUACUUGUUAACAGUCUGAAUUCAGAGCAGCUGGACUGUAGGGAGCUGGGGGCUUAAACACCCAUAAAAUGUGGGUCUAAAUAAACUGAACUGGCAGGGUCUCUCUACACAGCUGUCUGCUGAUCUUCUCAGUCUCCGCACAGAAAAACAUUAGCAAUCUGUUUGAAAAGCCCCACCAAGUUUUUUUUUAAACCCCCCCCCCCCCUCCUGGAGAUUGCCUAACGCUUCUCGCCCACCAUGCAGACAGGCCACGUCGCACUGCCGACAGCGGCACAGUGGGCUGUCCUGACCAGUCAGCCGUUUGCAGUCUCGCUCUUUGUCCAGCGCAGGAUGCUGGCCGCCCGUCUGUUUGUCUUACUGAUUCUCUUUAUCUGUCAUCUGUGCAGCAGGAACACGGAGGGAUUAAUAAUGUAUUAAGAGCCAUGAAUCAUCCUUCCCAUCCCUAUUGACCGUCUCUUAAAAAACAAACACAAUGAAGUAGGUCUUUUCGUUACAGAUAGCAUCAUGCUCCACUUCAUUACGCUUUGUUACUGGGCCAAGUCUUUGGGUAGCCUGAUCUCUGUAUGACAAACUCGUUUUCCUUACACACAUCAUGUCUUCUCAAAGCACACCUUUUUUUAACCACAGACUGAUUCAAUUCUUAACCACAAAUCAGUUCAAUUCUUAUUCAUUGUUCUGCAUGUACUGUCUUCUGACUGGAAAAUGAAGGUUGGAUUUGGUUUGGAUGGCUCUCACUUGUUUAUCUUUAAGUCGAGGGUCGUGUAUCUGGCUUUCCUCAUUAUUGCUGGUUUUCAGGGCUCAUUGAGAUGGACUUCAGACGUGAGUUGCUGGAUGAGAGUCAUUAUCUCAAAAUGCAUAGUUUUCGGUCGGGCCCAUCCACUGAGGGGCUACUGUCACAAAAUGGCCUUUUUCAGGUCUCGCUUUGAGGUGGAACCUGGACCUGAACUUUCCACCUCUGCUGAGAGCAGGGCUGUAUGCGGGGGUGGGGCCACAGGAGCCCCAGCUGAAACCUGAUUGGCUCGCGGAGUGCCCCCUUCCCUGUCACACACGGCUUUAAAUUAUGUCAUUGGCUAAGGUUGGCCUCUCCGUAUGAGUUAUGUCCCCUCUUAUGUCCCCACCUUAAAAAAUCUUCGUAUCACCCCUGUGUGAAAGUAGCAUACUCCAUUUAUAUUGUUACUCCAUCCUCUCUUCAGCAAGACAUUUUCCAGAGCACCGACUUCUCAGAUUUUUUUCCUUUUAUUAACAGUCAUGUAGUUCCAAUUAGACCCAUCUCUGCUCAGGUCUUCUCUGGAAGGCAAGCACGCCUGAGAUCUCUCCAGGAGGGCACUAGCUAAUCAAAAUGCCACAGCCCAUACUUUUGCACACUUGGCUCCAUGUCUAGCACAGUGAGGCCUUUCUGCCGGCCAUUUUCCAGUCCACUUUACCCGCCAGUGAUUCGUUUUCUUCCCUUACAAUCAUUCGUUUUUUCAGUAGCAUUUUCAAAGCCUAUUUUCAAUCUAAAAGCAAAUGUAAUGAAGGUGCGAUAGAGGAUCACAUGUAUUGACGAAUCACAAAGACUGAAUUAAACUCGAUUUAAACUUUAAA